AUGUUCAUUUAUGGAAGAGUUUUGAAGGGUGAAGGAACUAUAUUUACUCUGAGAAGUUGGAAUGUGAAGCACACAUGCAAUGGAAAUGUUAAAGAGGAGAACAGAUGUGCAAAUCCAGAAUUUGUAACUGACUGGUACAUGCAAAGGUUGGAGACUCUUGGUAACAAAAACAAAAUCCCUGAUCCUGAGUCAUUGGCAAAUGAGUUCAACAAAACAAUGAAAGUGAACAUUAAGUACCAUACAGCAUGGAGAGCAAGAAAUAUUGUGUUACAGAAUCUUCAUGGAAGCUAUGAGGAGCAGUACAAGAAAAUUCCUGCAUUCUGUGAAAUGGUGAAGGAAAAAAUGCCUGGAAGUGUAGCUAGUUUCUCAUAUGGAAGCACAGACAACACAUUCUUGUCAAUGACACUCUGCUUCAAGCCUGCUAUAGAAGGAUUCUUGGCUGGAUGUAGGAAAAUCAUUGGAUUGGAUGCUUUCCAUUUGUAUGGGAAGUAUGGUGGUGUGUUACUGGUUGCAACAGGUCUAGAUGGUCAGAAUGGUUUAGUACCUCUUGGUAUAAUGAUGUGUAGGAAUGAAACCAUUGAGAACUGGAAGAUUUUUCUCAAAUACUUGAAAGCUAUACUGGGUGAAGACUUGCAUUUCACCAUUAUAUCAGACAAGCAGAAGGGGAUUAGUGAAGCUUGUGACAAAUACUUCUGCUUGGAUGAGCACAGAUUAUGUUUCAGACAUUUGAUGAAGAAUUCCAAGAAGUAUUUCAAGUCAUACAUCUUACAUGUUCAUUUCUGGAAUGCUGCCAAAUGUUACAAGAAGAGACACUAUCAGCAACACAUGGAUAAAUUAUUUGUUGAGGAUGAAAAAGCUGCAAUGUAUCUCAUAGAUCAAAAACCUGAAAGCUGGUCUAGGUCUCAUUUCUCAAAUGACAGCAAGUGUGAGAACAUGAACAAUAAUUUCUCAGAGUCUUUCAACAACAUGACCAAGCCCUUUAGAGAUAAGCCAAUCAUUACACUUGCACAAAUGUAUAAUAAACUGGUGAUGGGUCUUUUCUUCAAGAGGAGGAAUGAAAGUGAAAACUGGCAGGAUGAUGAGAUAGUUCCAAAGGCAAUGAAGCUGAUUACAAAGAUGCGGGACUUAAGUCAUCUGUUUGAGUUAACUGGAGUUGUAAGGGGAAUGGUGUAUGAGAUCAGGAGUGUUCAUGAUGCUGUCUAUUGUGACCCUGUAUACAGUGUGGAAUACUACAAAAAGACAUAUGCUCCAGAGUUUGAACCACUGUCAGCUGAAAUUGACUGGAAUAUACUGGUAGAGUUCAUUAAUCCUCCUGUUAUCAUAAGAAAAACUGGAAGUCCAAGAAAGAAGAGGAUUCCUUCUUAUGAUGAAGCUGGAAGUGUGAAGAAAAUGAGAAAGUGUAAGAAGUGUGGAGUUUAUGGUCACUAUGCAAUAACUUGUGCUGGUGGAGAGGUUGGAAAGAAUCCAAAGGGAGAAAAACCUAGAACCUGUGUUGAUGGCUCAACAUCAUCUACUUAUGUCCCUGAACCACCAAAAAGGAAGUACAAUAGAAAGAAACCGGUUGUUAGUGCUUCUGCAGGUGCAUCUACUACUGCUAAGGAUGGAAUGAAGAACCAAAACAAUUCAGAAUCUUCUAAACAAGGUGCUGCAAAAGGGAGAAAGAGAAAGGCUUCUUCUCAACCUGCUUUCAAUCAGACUAAUCAACAUGUUGGAUCUGUCAACAACAAAGUCACCUUCACAGUUGCAGAUCCAAAGGGAAAGAAGAAACCAAAGAAGUACAUGAAAGUCUGA